AUGACUGACUCAAGGGCCAGCACGGCCUUCUGGCCGAAGCAGAUCAUACCACCCACACCUGAGAACUACAAGGAGCUGGCGAAAGAUGGCGCCGAAAGGCUGGCUGCCGUAUCUCUACAGCAGAUCCCGGCUAUUCCGGCCGGUGCGGUGAUUCACGACAACGGCUGCGGAUACGGCUCUGCUACGGCCGUCAUCAUGGCCUCUGCGGCUCCGGAAGUCUCCGCAACGUAUCAAAUCACGGGAACUGAUAUCUCCGGUGGAGCGGUGGAAGUCUAUUGUGACCGAGCAGACUCCUCAGGCUGGCCUGCCAAAGGGCUUGUCAUGGAUUCUGACAAGCUCAAGUUCCAAGACGAAAUUUUCACUCACACCAUCGGCAAUGCAAUGAUCUUCGUGGGUCCACGCAACAAUGGUAUCGACGCAGUCAAGGAGAUGUAUCGCACGCUCAAGCCUGGAGGAACGCUCAUACUAAACUGCUUCGCCUACGUGCCUGUCCUAGAACCUAUCCGUGAGGCCUCUCGAGUGACCCGUACGGGAGCCAUACUGCCGGCCUGGACUUCAUUUGAAGAGUGGACAGACCCAGCCUUUAUAGCAAAUAUUGUGGAGGCUGGUGGCUUCAAAAAAGAGUCCAUAAAGGUCCAGCAACGUGAGAUGUUUGUGAAUAUCGGAGAUUUUGAUCGCCACACUGAGCUGGUCUGGAGCAUGAGGGGAAUGCCGAGCACUGGAUGGAGUCGAGAAGACGAGGAGAGAUGGGACGAGGCGUUGGAGAUUAAUUGCGCGAUUUUGCAAUAG